AACAAUGAUUCACUUUAAUCGUGUUACAAAAUUUCAAUCACAUAAUCUUAUAUUUAAAGAACACUAUUUAACUAGAUUAUAUACUACUAAUAAAAAAAAUUCGACAACCCUUGUAUCUCGGUUGGAUAAAUUAAAGUUUUCUCUUGUAAAUGAUAAGAAUCCUGCUCUUUUACAAAAAAGAAAUUUGAAUCAAGAUACUAAUGCUGCAGGAGUAUGGGAUCCUUUUCCUGGUAAUUUUUUGAUAAUUUGUUUAUAUGCACGCAUUUGCUAUUGAAAUUAUUUUUACGCUUCAUUCGGAUACGAUUCAUUAAAAUAGAUCCUUUUCAGCCAAUUGUCGAAUAUUCUGCAGAAACCGCACUGGGUGAUGAUGAUGACGAGAAAUCUGAUCCAAAAAAGAAAAGAAGACUAGUGGGCAAAAUUGAUUCUCGUCCUUUACCACCUCCAAAAAAGUCUUUCAUGUCACCUCGUGUAAUGGAUGCCGUUUUAACUACUGUAAUGGGUUUAGCGGCUGUAGGUCUUGGUGGUGUGUUUUAUCAAGCAUGGUAUGAAUGGAAUGAAAAUCAUAAGGUUAUGUUAUCAUUUACAAGGCCAGCACCAUUACUUAAAUCAAGAACAUCUGAAUCAUUUUUUGCUAGAGCAGAACAAAAAAAAAUUGUAAAUGUUGUGGCAGGUCAUGGUUCGGCAAAGUAUUAUUUACUUGUAGGUGAAAGAGGAACAGGAAAAACUCAAUUAAUAUUAAAUGCAAUGGAAAAAAUUGGACAUUAUGGAGUUGUAUUUUGCGAUGCUCAUUCAGAUAGUGAAGUUUUCAAAACAAGGUUAGGAAAAGCUUUAAAUUAUACGUAUAGAGAAGACUAUGUUGGUCAACUCUUUGCUAGAGAAGCACCUGAAAGAGGGUCUGCGUUGUUAGAUGUCGAGAAAGCAUUAAAUAUGGUUGAAGCAGUUGCAAUUAAAUAUGUCAGAAGAAGAGGUCGUCCGUUAGUUCUAAUCAUUAAUAACAUUCAUUCAUUUGGAGAUGACGAAGAGGGUGAAGACUUGUUGGAACUUCUUCAACAACGUGCAGAAUCAUGGGCUGCUUCCAGACUGGUUACAUUAAUCUUCAACACUGAUGAUUAUAGUGUAUAUGAACGGAUGAAACGAGAUGCAUCUCGUAUGGACACGAUUAGAAUUAAUGAGUUGACACAUGAAGAAGCAGUAAGAUUAUUGAAAGAAAAACGUCGUGGUCGCGAAACAGAUGAAGAAAUUGAAGAUAUUAUUAAAAAUCGUAUUGGAGGUCGUCUUUCCUAUGUAAAUCGAUUGGGAAGAGAAGAAAGUAUUGAGGAUACCGCACGUCAACUUGAAAGUGAAGAACGAUCAUGGAUUGUAACUCAAAUUGGAUUAAUUCCAGAUUUUGAAGAAACAGCAUUUGAUAAUCAAAAAUAUGCAUCGUGUGCAUGGAAAUUAAUUAAGGCUAUAGUUAAAUCUGAAGAAAAAAAAUUACCAAUAAAUGAAUGUAGAAUUAUCACAGGGAACCCGAAAUGGAUAGAAAUGUUAGAUCAUGAUAAUAUUAUUAUGGUUGAUGAUCAUCAUAAUGUUAAAGCCGAUUCAAAAAUUUUACAAAAUAUUUUUGAAGAAAUAGUUAAUUCGGAAGGGUUUGAAGAAUUAUUAGAUAAUGUUUGUGAAAGAGUUGAAGAAGUUGAUAAAGAACAAAGAACAAGAGAAUUGAUAUGGAGUAAAAAGAAUGAUCAAGUGAUUAGAUUUGGUCAACCAAAGAAAGGAGGUUGGUUCUGGUAAUUUAUGUAUAACUAUUUUUUAUUGUAUAUUUAUAUUUAUUAGAAUAGAAGUUAAAUUUACUUAUUAUA